GUGUUGGAUGUGAUGAAACUGUUUCCUGUACUGCAGACAGAGCAAAUGAGGCCCUCUGAGGGGCCUAAUAUGGUCUGACUUUCACAAGUGUCACUUAAGCCUACAGCAGCGGGGGUGAUGCGUUCGAAGACGUGAGGGAGGACGCCUCUUUCACUAUAAAACUUUGGCCAUCGUUUGCUGCGGUUCAUGCUGAAGUGGAAGCCUGGGGGGGAGCUUGAUGUGCUUUCAAAUAUUUGCUCUGUCUCCAUCUACUGGAAAGAAAUGUUGGACUGGCCAGUAUCUAGGCUAGCCUGAGUUCAGAGGCAUAGAGGAGACAACCAAAAUAGCUCAUCGAGGCCCAAAUUUAUUUACCCUGCGCCUCGGAAUUUGGCUCUUUUCGGCUGAGGUUGACAAAUCAAAGAAAUGAGAGCUUUGGGGGUUUAUCAGCAUUUCAGACUUCCACGUAUUGCUGAAUUUCUUCCCCACCUCGAAUACUGACAGCAGCAGCAGCAGCAGCAGCGGCAGCCAGGAGCGGAGUCCUGCUGUCCCGUGGAAUUAUCACGGCACCGAGGCGAGAUACGCAUGGAACAUGGCUGCUAUGAGGACUUUAACCGUGGCGGGUCUCUUUUUGGCAUUUUGCGCUUUGGGACUGAUAGCAGUAGCGAUCAGUACUGACAAUUGGUACGAGACAGACGCGAGGAGACACCGGGAACGCUGCAAGAAUUAUUCAAACAAAAGAAACGACCCCGGCUACAUCUACAUCUCCAACAACAACCUUCCUCUCCGCAUGUUGCCAAAGGAGGAAAAUGUGGAGACGAGGGGCUCCAGGGUCAGCGGCGAAAUGCUGCUGCGGGCUAAGCGGCACUUCUUGCCUCCUGCCCUGGCCAUGGAGUCCCUCUGCAGUCGGCAGUACAACUCCACCAUCACGGGACUGUGGAGAAAGUGCCACCGAGAGGGAUUUGACUUGGAGACAGAGGAUUUGAUCUUUAAAGGAUUGGUUCAGCGGUGCACACCAAUAAAAUACUACUACUCAUCAUCAGCGCUGCCCAGAAAUCUGCCAAUCAAUCUGACGAUGACAAUAAGACAGGAUGAGUGGCAUGCGCUCCACCUCCAGAGGAUGACUGCCAGUUUCAUAGGGAUGGCCAUAUCCAUCAUCCUGUUCGGCUGGAUCAUAGGCAUGCUGGGCUGUUGUAAGGAGCAUGAUCUCAUGCAGUAUGUCGCCGGACUUCUCUUCCUCAUGGGAGGGACGUGCUGCAUAAUCUCCCUUUGCACAUGUGUGGCCGGGAUCAACUUUGAGCUAUCUCGCUACCCUCGCUACAUGUUUGGGAUACCAGAGGACAUCAGUCAUGGUUAUGGAUGGUCCAUGUUUUGCGCGUGGGGUGGGCUGGGCCUCACGUUGCUGGCUGGUUUCUUGUGUACACUCGCUCCUUCCCUCUACCCUCCACAAACCCCUGUGGUGCACAAGCCCAGGCAGGAGAACGGCUGCGUGUGACAGGCCGUCGCACAUCUAACGGACACCUGUCUCAUCCUGAAACAGUGACGAGCCCUGCUCCAGAGACACUUUCAUCCAGGGGACUCAUAGCGGGGGCACAGCCUUCGCGCAGCUUGGCGCAGAGACGGCACAGGACGCUGGCUCUCGCUCAUAUGAAAAUGAAAGGGAGGUGACACUUGACUGAAGACAAGUUCCUCUGGUGCUUAUCCCCCCCGUCCCUCUCCCUCUUUAUGAAUGAAACUGUUCAGUGUUAUUGCCUGCUCUUCAAGAGGAGAAUAGUUACACAAAUUAUUCUUCCUGCAAAUUCUGCUAGUUUGACCAGAAAAAAAAGAGAAAAAGAAACACUGGCAGAAGAUCAAUCAAUAGCACAACUUUGAAAAUCUGUACUGAAGAUCAAACUAUGGACGUGUACUGUCACAUUUCAUUAUGUACCCGUUCAAAACAAGAUAUGUAGGCUACAUGUACUUUUUGAAUUGUAUGUAUGCAGAUGCAUUUGUGUUUAUUUAAAGGAAAAUAUGAGCAUUAAGACCAAACUGUGUUUGAGGGAAAUGUUUUAUUGUUCAUGAGGUCUUAUCCCAAUCAUAAUAUUUUUGAGAAAUAAAACAGCCAUGCAAAAAUUUUAACAUUUUUUUCUUUUGCCUGUAUAACACACUGAACCGACAUGCUAUAAACUUGUUUGCGGUCGCCUUUUCUCUUCUUAUGACAUGAGUUCACUGGUAUGUCAACAAGCAGAGAGGUCUGCUAAUGUAGUCUAAACUUUUACAGCAUUAAACAGCAGCUGUUUAUAUUUCUUGUUAGUGCUACAAGGAGUCUGUUUUAUUCAACCACUUCUGAAUGCAGCGACCAGAGCUUGAGUCAGUGACCAAAGCUGAGUGACAAAAAUAAAACAGUCCAAAUAAAAAUGAACAGAAAAAGUGAAGUGACCAUUUGCUGUGAAUUGCAGUGAAAUAAAACCUCCUUUAAUGAGCAAAAAUGUCAUUAAAAUUCACAUGAAAUCCAGAUAAAUGCACCAAAAGCCCUCUGUUCGCACACUUUAUUCUGAAAAACAUCGAAAAUACACACUUGUAUUCUAAUUACCCACUGUUUUUACUCCAUUUACAACAAUCAAUCAUUUCCCCACAGCUAUAAUGAGAAAUUUAAUUUGUCUGACAUCCAGUUGAAGCGAUGGCUUCGCUCAUUUCCUGAGGUUUCUUUGCUCCUUUGCUUUUGUGUUGCUCAACAAAAUUUAUUUGUUAUUAUGUGCAGCUGCAACCAUGAAAUAAAAGCCCUGCUGUUGGUUAA